UAAUGGUAGAUAGAUUUGACGAACAUUUCUUUUUAAUUGCUAAAGAAACAGGAGGAAUUGAAGGGUUGUUAAACUCAUUAUUUAGUUUUCUAUUACGAAGAACCGAUUAUUAUUAUGAAUGUAUUAGAUGAUAAUUAUUAUUUUAGGUGAUCCUGGAGAUAAGAUGGGUUUUCCACCAGGAGUUGCAUUAAAUAUGUUAGGAAACAUAUUCAAAAAAUAUUAGGAUGAACAUUAUAAAGUACAUAAAAAGAAGUCUGCCUAAGAAUAUAAUUAGAAAUUAGAAAUAUAUUAAAAAAAAUAGAAGGAAUUACAAGAGAAACAAAAGGAAUAGGAAGAAUAACAAAAACAAGCUUAAAUUUAAGAAUAAUAAAAAAAAUAAAUCUAAUAGAAUGAAAGUUAAGGUUAAUAGGAUGUAAAGAUAAAAUAAGAGUAAAAUCAAUAAAAAAAUGAAAGUUUUACUCACAAACAAAAAAUAGAUCCAUAUAUCAAUACAUAUAAUGGUGGAUAGACAGAAAAAUAUUCUUGGAGUUAAUCUGGAAAUGAUGUUGUAGUGACAAUGAAAGUUCCAGAAGGAUCGAAUAAAAAGAAUGUAUAUUAUAUUUAAGAAUUAUCAAUUAGAUUAAAGUAAUUAUUACAGCAAACACAUUAACAGUGAAAGUAAAAGAUUAAGUAGUUGUUGAUGGAAAAUUGUAUGAUAAAGUAAAAAGUGAUGAAUCAGUAUGGUCUAUAGAAGAGAAUUUAUUGACUAUUACCUUAGAAAAAGGAUAAGAGAAUAUUUGGAAGACUGUUAUAUAAGGAGAUUAAGAAAUAGAUGCAACAAAAGUUGAGAAUACAAAACCAUUGGAAGAUUUUGAUUCUGAAACUUAAGGAGCAAUUAGAAAAAUAAUGUACGAUUAACAAAGGAAAUAGUAAGGAUUACCAACAACAGAAGAAGAAUAACAAUUAGAAAUUUUAAAGAAAGCAUGGGAUGCUGAAGGCAGUCCAUUUAAAGGAUAACCUUUUGAUCCAAGUAAAUUUAAUCUUAGUAAUGGUUAAAUAUAGUUCUGAG